AAUGGAGAAACAGCAUGAAAAGGAAGCAGAGCUAGACAAAAUCACUAGGAGAAAAGGAAAAACACAGAGACCAUGGCUGCAACUUCAGCAACAGCAACGACAGCAUCGUCACAGCUCCACUUCUCAAGCUCUCACUCAAUCUCUCGUCUCUCCCCUUUCCACCUACGUGUCUAUGACUCCAGGACUCUUGUCUCAUUUCCAACCAACAGCAAGAGAGGGCAUGGAGUCAGCGGAGUGAGGUGCAUGGCGGUGGGGACGGCGUCGGAAGCAGAGACCAAGAAGAAGAGUGGAUUUGAAAUUCAGGCACUCACGAGCUGGUUGCUGAAGCAGGAGCAAGCGGGUGUUAUUGAUGCUGAGCUCACUAUUGUGAUUUCAAGCAUUUCCAUGGCGUGUAAGCAGAUUGCUUCACUGGUGCAGAGAGCUAGUAUUUCCAACUUGACUGGAGUUCAGGGAGCUGUUAACGUUCAAGGGGAGGAUCAGAAGAAGCUUGACGUGGUCUCCAACGAGGUGUUCUCUAAUUGCUUGAGAUCGAGUGGACGGACUGGGAUCAUAGCAUCGGAGGAGGAAGAUGUACCAGUGGCCGUGGAAGAGAGUUACUCAGGCAACUACAUUGUGGUGUUUGACCCACUCGAUGGAUCAUCCAACAUCGAUGCUGCAGUGUCUACUGGGUCUAUCUUUGGAAUAUACAGCCCAAAUGAUGAGUGCCUCGCAGACAUUGGCGAUGAUUCCACGCUGGACUCAACAGAACAAAGGUGCGUUGUGAAUGUGUGUCAGCCGGGAAGCAACCUCCUUGCCGCUGGAUACUGCAUGUACUCAAGCUCUAUCAUCUUUGUGGUCUCCAUCGGAACGGGGGUGUUCGCCUUCACCUUAGACCCCAUGUAUGGGGAAUUUGUUUUGACUCAGGAGAACAUCCAGAUACCUAAGUCGGGAAAAAUUUACUCAUUUAACGAAGGCAACUACCAAUUGUGGGAUGAUAAACUGAAGAAGUACAUUGAUGACCUCAAGGACCCAGGUCCCAGUGGGAAGCCCUACUCCGCUCGAUACAUUGGAAGCUUGGUUGGGGACUUCCACCGAACACUGCUAUACGGUGGGAUUUAUGGGUACCCAAGGGACAAGAAGAGCAAGAAUGGGAAGCUGAGGCUCUUGUAUGAGUGUGCACCAAUGAGCUACUUGGUGGAACAGGCUGGUGGGAAAGGAUCGGAUGGUCACCAGAGAAUACUCGACAUUCAGCCGGUGGAAAUACAUCAGCGUGUUCCGCUUUACAUCGGUAGCGUGGAGGAGGUGGAAAAACUAGAGAAGUACUUGGCCUGAUUGAAAUGUGAAAGCAAAGAGUUUGAUUUUGUUUAUGGGAGAACAUGUUUUGUGGAAGUCUCUGCAGGAGCUCCCUGAAUUGAUAAUUAAUCAGUUACAAAAACUCGGAAAGGCCUAAAAGCAGGUCAUUUGUGUUC